ACUCAGCCACCAUUCCAUCACUCACCCCACACAAGGCAGUAUUCCAUCGGGUUGAAAGCUGGCUCGAAUUAGAGAAGAGACUAGAAGGAUACCAAGUCAUCCGCACUCUUAUAUGCCACCCGUAGAGCAUACAAGGGCCCAUUCUCCUCCUUCGGCCGUCCACCUCCCACAUAGACCCUUGCCCCGCCUUCUUCUUCUCCUCUUCCUCUUCUCGACCGCAUAGAGUGUACCAUGUCCACAUCACCUGCGCAGCCAUCCAUCACUCCUCUCUCCCCCGACACCCAGGCCAGCACCAUCUCCCUAGACGACUUCUCAGACUCGCAAUUUGACCUCGACCAGCUAGAGCAUGCCGUCGAAGAGCUGCCAGACUCUGAGCCCGAAGACCAUCUCUUGAGUCCCUCGCCCGCUGAUGAUGCCAGUCUCGCCACAGCGGAUGAGAACAUAGUCUCAAAUGGCGACGCGACCGGGAGUGCUCUGGCGCCUGCUAGCGCCGGCGUAAUCAGGACCGCUCGACCUAGGACAGACGUGGAUCGGCAAAUUGCGGCCCUUGAGCCCCGGACACGACCCUGGGAGCUACAGAACUUGCUCAAUCUCUCCGGACAGACUCUCGGCGUAGCUUCCUCCGCAUCGUCUGUAGGCUUCUCUUUCGCGAGGGAAGCCACAUCUCUCUCACUAAAUAUCGCAAAGCGGCUCACACAAGUGGCAGUGGCGCUGCCGGCAAUGGCCAUCGACGCUGCCGCCGGGACUGCUCCUGGCUCUGGCAAUCCGACAGCAGCCACCAUCGCCCACAAGUCCGUUGGUGGCCUCUUUGACCUCCUCACAACGCUGGCCGUGGGUGGAAUCGAUCUCGGCUCAGCUCUGACCUCGGCGGGACUGGGUGCUGCCUCCACUGGUAUCGAGGGCGUCCGCCGCUCCUUGGGUUCAGAGGUAGUCAAGGCGCUCGGUCAGUUUGUCAAGCUAGUGCAGCGCGAAUGGCAUGCUCAGGAUGACUGUUUACCUCCCGGCGGUAUCCCUGGCUUCGGCGCUACCGGGGUAACACGUGCUCUGAUCGUCUGGAUUUGUAUCCAGAUGGUCACUCGGGAGGAUUACGAGAAGAAGCUGCUCAAGGAGCUGCAGGAGAUUGAUGUAGAUGCGCUUCGGAUAGAAAUCGAAGAGGAGCAGAGAGCUGCUGCUAGUCGGGCACCACAAGGAGGCGGGAUCGAUGCGGCAAGCACGUCCGGCGCAAACGUAGGCACAGUGAGGAUCACGAGCGAGACAAGCGAUCAGGACGGUGGAGAGGUCAUUGGGGCCGAGAUUGGGUCAAGUCAGGCGGGGGUGGGCAUUGGGGCUCCCUCCAAAUCUUCAGAGUCUCUUUCGAAUAAGGAGGCAAUGCAGGGCCUGCUGAGGUAUUCGUCUAUGGUGCUAGCCGUUUACGGAGGAACUGCUCUGGCCUGGCUCGGCAGGCUACCACAGACAGAAGCGGAAGCGGCUCGAGCUGCUUCUGCUCGUCCGUCCAGCAGUACCAGCGCGCCAGCUUCGGGUCUCUCAUCAAGCUCAGCUCUCCCUGCUGACGGAGUGACGAGGGAGCAAGACGAGGAGCAAUUCCUUGAAGCGGCUGCUAUGAUGGACUUGCCCGAAGAAGAUAGGGAGAGUCUUCACCUCAAAUUGGAGAAAGAAAGGGAUAGGCGAGGUAUGCCGGGUGGAUUUGGAGCUAGAAGUGAAAGUGUCGAUGACGCAGCGAGCGUUGUCUUCAAUGCUGAUGAUCCCGAAGCUGGCAACAAGACGACCGGAGCUGCGCCUGGCACGCCGUCCGGCCGAGCUAGUGGAGCAGACUCUCUAGCUGAUAGGCAGCAUGCCAAUGGCUCUUCGACGGCUGGUGAAGCCCCGACUAAGAGCUACUCGUACUUGAACAUCAUCGCUGGCGAGCACGACGAGGAGCUCUUCCAUCGCGUCAGCAAGCUGGAGCGGCAGCACGUACAGACUGGGUCGUACCGCGAGGAGCGUCCCGUUGCAGACGAAGUGCUGGAAGAGACCAUUGCGCCUCCUACGACUGGCCCACGCAUUCCUCGUCCGAGCAAGCCGAGGUACUACGUUGUCACGGACCACAAGUCCCGCAAGAUCAUCUUGGUCCUGCGAGGAAGCUUGAGCCUGGGGGACAUUGCAGCCGAUCUGACAUGCGAGAGUCGGGAAUUUUACUUCCCAGAUCCCGCUGCCAGGGGCGAGGUUGACCCUGCAGCGUCGACCGCUCCUGAGGCGCAGCAGACCAAUUCGGUUCCCUUCCCUGGACAAGACGCCAGCACCUCUGCUCGUGCCGCCAAAUUCAUCGAUACGGACCAGUCGGAACUACCACUGGUGCACGAAGGCAUGUACGAGACCUCCCUCGGCGUCGGCGCUAUCAAUCGACCGGUGCAUCGUGCAGUGCGCUCCGCCCUUCUGGCCAACGCAGGCUACAAUCUCGACAUUGCUGGUCACUCUCUGGGUGCUGGCGUCGCUUCACUGCUAGCGAUCAUGUGGGCCAACCCGGAGACGACUCUCACUACAACCGCUAGCGGUCUCCCACCGGGAAGGAAGCUCCACGCAUACUGCUACGGAUGCCCAGCGACGAUGAGUGCCUCGCUUGGAAGGCGGUGCCACAAGCUCAUCACAAGCUACGUCUACUCGUACGAUUUCAUCUGUCGUCUCUCCCUCGGAUCCAUUCAAGACAUUCGCAAUGCCGCCGCUUGGAUCCUCUGGGAGGAUCAGCAGGAGUCUCUUCGUCAGCGACAGCAGCAGCAAUCACGAGGCACGUCCAGCACUGCUGCCCAAAAUGGAGAAGCUCCCUUCGACCCUUCGGACCGUUCUACCCCGUUGCGUGUCGCCGCGCUCCUCACGCGCGCCUUUGAGCAUCAGGCAGGUCGUCUCGACUCUUCUCCCGAGACCAAGGCGGCCGUCGAGACUGAUUUCCUGGCGCUGCGAAGAACCCUAGAGGCGAACAUGAGGAAUGUGGAACUCUUUGUUCCUGGUCAGCUCUUCUACUUUUUCAAAGGACAGGACUUUUUGGUCGACGGUGAACAGGAGCAAGAGUUGAAGCAGGAUGGAGCGGCAGGCUCGAGUACCACUUCGAGCGCAGGGGCAGUAGCAGAAGCAGAAGCAGGGGCCCUUGUGCCUUCUUCCACUGCUCCUUCUCCUACUCCUCGCAAGAAGGUCAAGGGUACAAAGCAGCGUGGAUUCAUCUUGCGUCCGGCCCCAGCCGAGGGAGGUGGACGUGGAGGGAGGGUAGAAAACGUCUUUGACCAGGUCAUCUUCUCGAGGGAUUUAAUCAGCUGUCAUAUGCCUAGCGUGUAUGAUGCAGCUCUCAAGGGGAUGAUUGGACGGAAGUGAGUAGAUGGACAUGGACUGGGUGAUAUUCGAACCUAAGAAAAAAAAGGGGCGGGUUGGAGUUGCGACAGUACUACUUUCUGUAGUCUGUCUGGCCUUUCAGACGCUCCCUCACUCCUGUCAUUGUUCACAAUCACUCUUUGUAUUAUUUCCUUCUUCUGACAAUGCUAUAAUAAGGUUCUUC